AUGGUCUUGAAUCGUCCACUACUGGUACCGAAACCUCCUUUACAUCAGCCAGCGGUACCGCCAGGGCAACUCUUUUGCGCCCAUAGAAAGCUCCCGCGAGAUCGCCGUCUCGACAUCUCGACCGCUGAUGUAGUCGGCACGGUUCAUCUAAGUCCUUAUGAAGCCCCGCAUGGCAUGGAACUCGACGACCAGUGCUCGUAUCUGUACGUCAACGUUACUGAUGGUGCGGUCUGGGUCGACCCGGAGACCAGAACCGUGACCAAUUUCGCUCCGAGCUCCCAGACUGCUCCAGCGCAGGCGAGCAGCGAUGACUUUAUCGCCGAGUUCGAUUUGCGUUCUGGACGCAUGCGGCAGCGUGUCAAUGUCCCUGAGAGUGAGACGCCUACUGAUCGACGAUUCGUGGCUUUCUCGGCACCAGCGAUUAGAUUCGGAAGCCGGAUUUCAGGCGGCGGGCUGCCUGUUAUCAAUGUUGACGAUGAUCCUGUAAUCGCGGCUAUCAAGGCCAAGUUCAACGUCAGAACUAUCUACGUCACCUCACGUAACAUCAUGCUGGUCUAG